UUUUGAUUUUGCUAUGCCUAUGCUUAUUUUCCAACAGGUUCUUUAGUUUCACAGGCAUUCGCUAGUAGAAGUGUAGUCAAUUUUAUCGCGCUUCUAGAUUCAAAGUGUAAUCUAAUCGUGACUUCAUUUUCGAAAAGUUUCAACUUUGAGCGAUUUUUGCCAUUGCAUCUUAUACUUAUUUCAUCAGUUCCUAUUAAUUUCUUUUAUUUUUCCUUGUCUUAUUUCAUUCUUUUCUUCAUCUUCGCAGAAGACAAACCCUUUCCGUGCGAAAGAGAAGAUCAACAAGAAGACCACGACUCGCAAGAGCAGAAGACCAGGAAAAACACCGGGAGAAGUAGGGACCAUAAGAAAUACCAACGCCGAGGAGGGUAAAAAAAGCAGCGGGAAAUACCAGCAAGAAGAACACAGCAUCAAGAGCGAAGAUGGCGUCGAUGCGGAAGAACAACAAGUUUUUCGGGAGCAGUAGCUCCGACAGCGACAGCAGCAGCGAUGACAGCAGCUCCGACUCGGAGCAGGAGCAGCAGCAGCAGAAAAUGACGCGCAUGGUCGCGAAGCGCCGGGUUAAUAUCUCUGACUCCGAGGACAGUGACUCGGAUUCUGGCGCGAAGCGAGUCGUCAAGUCCGGGGCGGACAAACGGUAUUUGAAAUGCGACGCUCAUGUCAAUAUUAAACGCUUGCCCUUGCGUUUACGUAUAUCAACUUUAGUAUCGUGUAGCUGCUUUGUCAUCUCGUGUCGCAGGCCACCCUUGGUUAAUAUGUAAUGUCGUGUUCUUGCAGUACAAACGUGAAGGAUUUCAUGUAAAAAAAUCCAUGCAAUCAGAAUCACUAUCACAUCCAAAACAGCGUCGAGAAGAUGAAGCAAGUGGCUUCGAAGAUGCAGAACGCGAAGAAGGUGCUGGACUUUCAGCUGGUGCUCGAGCAAUACGAGGAGCUGUGGAAGCAGGAGGCCGCGUGCCACCGCGCGUCCGCGCCGGUCCCGGACGUGUUCUAUAAGACAAUCGACACUUUAGAGCAGUGGGUGAGCGAGCAACAGGCGGGCAAAAAGGAGAUGAAGAAGGCCAAGGCCAUGCAGCUGACCAAACUGACCAGCAAGUGCCGCAAGCAAAACGGAGAAAUUAGGGACUUGAUCGAGGAAAAGAAGGCUUUGUUUCGCGAGGACCAGAAUGGCAGCUCGGCGGAGGACGGAAGUAGUAACAGCGAAAAUGAGAACGAGGACGAGUCCGGAAGUGAAAGUGACGACGAGUCCAGCGACUCGGAAGGGGAUAGCUCCGGUAUAAUUGGAAGAUAAAGAUUCGCUUUUUUAGGAACGGAUUUCUUUAUGUUUUGGGGUGCUGCUGCUGCAUUUUGAUUUUUGAAGUGUACUUGCCACUUUCUCUUUCUGUCACAAUCAUCUGAAAUUGGAUUGACAGGCCAACAAGGUCGUGUUAUUCCAGGACCAGAUGAAGAGGGGACCACGUGCACGUCGUGUUUGCUGCGUAAAAAAUGAAUGUACAUACAGUAAGAUUAAAAACUAAAACUCCCUCUCUUCAUCGAAAUUUAAAUUUAAAUUCCACAGACGACGACACGGGCAAAUCCGCGAAGAAGCAGCAGGCUCGCGAAGGCGAGCACACCUCGGACACGGACGCGGGCAGUUCCGAUUCGGAUUCGGACUCUUCUAGCGAUAGUUCGAGCUCCGAUAGCGACUCCGACUACGACAGCAGCGACAGCAGUGGGGAGGAGGAUGACAUGGACAUUGGUACAGCAACUCCUGAUUUUUAUCUUUUGGUCAACUACAGCAUGAGAAAGAGCACUUAGCUUUGCCAGUCCUUUGUACUUCUACUAGUAGGUACUUCUGAAGUACUUCUACUAGCCUCUUGACGCGGGCGUCCAGGACGCCCGCUGGGCUAGUAGAUUUAAAAAUAAUUCUAGAGACGGGAAUGCGUUUAGAAGGUUUGGCUUGCAGUCGAGUAGAAUGCGGCUAGAAGGUUGAAAAGCAUAACGCUGCCUGCCCCGAGGAAGAUCGUUGCCGCGCCUGCGCUUGCCCUUGCGGCCUCGCCACUUUGACGCCUUUUGCGGUCCGGCGUCCAGGACGCCGGCCCGCCGUCAGCCCUUUAGCCGCGUUGCCGCGCCUCCCUGCGCUUGCCCUAGCGGCAUCGACGCUUUAACGCCUUUUGCGGUCCGGCGUCCAGGCCGGAAAAUUGAUGACCAAAAGUUUCACUGUUGCCCGACCGGAGGUGGUGGCCAAGGAGCCCCUCGCCGUCACUUUUCUUGCCCAGCCCGGCCGGCCGGGCAAGGAGCUCUUGGCCAUUACUUUUGCCCGCCCGGAAACUGGUGGCAAAAAGUGAUCCCGUCCCGGAGGUGCUCCCGGCCUCCACUUUUGCUCGGCGGGCCCACCGGAAAGUGGUGGCCAAGCUCUUGGCCACCACUUUUGCGCGGCCGGAAAGUGAUGACCAAAAGUUUCAACUUUGCACAGCACGGCCGGAGGUGAUGGCCAAGGAGCCCUUCGCCGUCACUUUUGCCCCGCCCGGCUGGGCAAGGGGCUUCUGCCCAUCACUUUUGCCCGCCCGGAAAGUGGUGGCCAAAGGUGAUCGCUGCGAAGUUCUUGGCCACAACUUUUGCUCGGCCUGCAACAGCCAAAGGUGAUCGCUGCUGGCCAAAGGUGAACAGUUCAUUGGCCAAAGGUGAUCGCUGCUGGCCACAACAGCAGUGGGGAGGAGGAUGACAUGGACAUUGGUACAGCAACUUCUGAUUUUCCUUUGGUUAACUACAGCAAGCAUGACAAAGUAGAUUUGCCAGUCCGUUUGUAGUCGUACUACGAGUACGGAAUUACUAUGUGAUUAGGUAAUAGAAAUAGUCACUUCGUCACUCAAUCUCAUUCGCGACUUUUGAAACACUGUGCAAACCUUUCCGACACAACAACUACAUCUACAGAUGCCAUCCGUGAGAAGCGGCGCCAGCGUUGGUUAAUGACGGACAAGGACUACGCGAAGCUGGAGAAGGAGAAGGAAAAGAAGAAGCGCGACGAAGAGGAGAAGCAGCAGCGCAUGGCCAAGAAGCAGGAGAAGCUCGAGAAGUCGAAGACGAAGCACACGAAUGACCAGAUCGAGGACAACUUGGAAUCUUCUCUGGACAGCAAACUGCUAGAGGAGCAGAAAUUCAAACUCUUCAAGGAGUCUUUCGACGCGAAGUCGUGCCAGCAGGUCGUCGAAACGACGCUCGAGCAUUUGAAGCCCAAUAGCAAGUCCCGUCGUAUGGACGCGCGGGAGAAGGCGCGGAAGACGGCCUACCUGAUCGAGUGCUUACGCAUUGCAAAGAUGUCUGGGUCUGGAAAGUUGUGAUGCUAAUGUCCGAAUGAUACGCAACCUGUAUUAGGGGGCCGCGCAUGACAAGUUUCAUCUGAGCGGCUAUGUCUAGCGUGAACCGCAUGACAAGUGGGCUUUUGCAUGACAGACAAGUGGCACUGUAGCGCACCAAGCAUGACAGAUUGUUCUGUCUUGUCAGCCAAGCAUGACAGACUUGCAUUCUUCCAGACCCAGACAUUUUUGCAGUUGAUAGUGCUGCCAGCAGUUCCAUUUGUUUAACUUGUGCUUGCCGCUGCACCUGCAGUCCGGCCGGCAGCUGCUGGAGAAGAUGGACAGCAAGGGGGGUUUGAUCUGCAACUCCGCGAACUUCAAGUUGUUUCUGCAGCACGCGAGCAAGAAUUUGUUCCCUUUGUUGGAAAAGCUGGUCAGCGAAAAAGAGAACAUGGACAAGGCCAUGCAGGAAUUCUCCACCGGAAAGGGCAUCGAUCGCGAAUCGGUAUUUUUGUGUGUUUUGUUUUGAUGAAAAGCGAGGAAUUAUAAAGCCCAAAUUUGUAUAAAUUCAUCCUUCUUUACCAAUAACAGAUUGAUAUAGAUGUCGAAAUCGAAAAUAAUCCAAAACUCCAGAUCCUGGCGCCAUUCACGAUGCAGAUGCAGUUGCAGAACUUUAUGUCCCUCCUGGACCUCGCUGACCAGAAGUGCUACGAGGCCAUGCAGCACCCGGACGACAGCGCGGACCGGAUCGAGAACAUGAUCCGCUUGGUGCAGCUCUUCUUCGAGACGCUCAGCUUUCUGGAAACCUUCAACAUCAACAAGGUCGAGAAGGCGAGAUUUGCGGCGAGAAUCCAGUCCAGGCUUUUGUCCAACCUUUACUACAACAAACACGAGGAUAUGAGAAUGGUAUAAAAAAUCAUGCUGGAAUCAACAUUUUCAACAUGAACAUUGCUGCUGGCCGAGGCCACGUGGUGCCAUGUAGUCACAAUGAAUUAUGGGAGGCGAGAACCUCCCAUAGAGAUAGAAAUUCUUCUCUAGAUGAAGAAAAAGAUAUCCCAACGUCACGCUAUAGAUUUUCCCCAUCCAUUUGUUCCGACAAAAAAUAAAAAACCAACACCAAGAAGCAUUUCUACAAUGAAGUACACGAAGUUCGAAUUCCUCGAUGUAAUUAAUUGUAAUUACCUACCACCACAGGUCCUCUCCACGAUGAUUCACCUGCAUCCGAAGGCCUACCCGGAAGUCGAGGCGGAGACCAAGUACCCGAACUUCGAUGAAGCAGAUUUCAAGAAGGCCAACCUUCCGUUCACGGAUGCGGAAAUCAGCGAAUUCAUUGCGGAUUUGGAGGAAAAAAUCUCCUCCGUCGAGGACGUGGACGGGACGCGCCGGGAUCUCACCGCGACGCUGUGCCGGGUCUACAACUUGUUCGUCAACGACGAGUAUGUGAAGGCAAGAAAGAUCAUGCACUACCAAGACCUGCAGAAGGAGGUAUAAGUUUUUGAUUGAAGAUGAAAUCGCAUGACAAAUUUUCAUCUCAGCAUGAUGAGAAAUGGAAUUGGUAUAUGCGGAUUCACCUUAAGAGAAAGAUUUGCAAUGCGUGGCUUUGACUGCAUCCAACGCCAACUACACCACCGCACCAGGUGUCCAACCGUGAGGAGCACCAGUUGUCGAGCCGCGAGUACGAACACUCUCUCUACGUGCUCUGGAACCGCUAUGGAUGUGUCAGGAUUGAAAUCGACAAAAUUGAAAUGAUUUGUCAUGCAUAAAAUGCAAGGCAUGAAGUGCCUUUCUUGCCAGGAUGGCAAGGGAGACCGACUGUCAGCCUGUUUAGGGUUUGAAAUAGAGCUGCUAAAGUAGCAUGACAAAAGCAGGCGUCUGUACCCAAACAGCAUGACAAAUUGGAUUCCGGUGCUCGGAAAAUUUGUCAUGCACCGCUUGAAAGUUGGGCUUCCAACUGGUAUCGAUUUUAUGCAUUGCAAGUUAUUUCAACUUUGACGAUUUCAAUCCUGACGCUUUCAUAACCGCGUGAACGCGCAGAUGGGGCUCGCUGCCUUCCGCCAGGGCCACUUUUACGAGGCCCACAUCGCGUUGCUCGAUUUGAACUCGUUUCAGAAGGCCAAGGAACUCCUCUCCCAGGGCGUGACCUUCCAACGCGGCUCGGAUCGGGAUAAGGAGAAGGAGGAACUUAUCCUGAUGAAAAACGUCCCCGCCCCACAAUUGUCAUGCAGAAUUGCAAGGACAGGAACAUUUGUAAUGCGCAUCCCCAAGAGAGGCAUAAUCAAUCGUGUUUUGGCAUUUGUAAUGCUACAAACAGGACAAGGGGACGGCUUUGUAAUGCGGCUGUGCUUGCUAACCAGCACUACUGAAUACAGCGAGAAGCCUGUCAUGCGUGAUUCCCAAAACAUUUGGAUUUGUGUUGCCUUUUCCCUUCUUGACUCUGGUGUGGGGACGUUUUUUCACAGGAUAGAACUCCAGGAGAGGUCCAUCAUCCCCUACCACAUGCAAAUCCCCUUGGACUUGCUGGAGUGCGUCGCGUUGAUCUGCGGACUACUCCUCGAAGUGCCCAACAUGGCGUUUUUGGCGUACGACAAAAACGGCAGGAAACGCUACCAGACGAUUUACAGCAAGCCGUUGAGAACGGCUUUGGAAAAAGCGGAACGGUCCACGGUUCUCACCCCCGCUGAGUCGAUGCGGGAAAGGAUUGUCGAGUCCGCUCGUUUAUCAAAUGCAAAAAUGUCUGGGUCUGGAAGAAUGCAACAUUUGUCAUGCAUAUUUUGCAUGCCCCACGAGGUCUGGGACAGGUUCUGCGAAGUAUCUAUCUUCAUGUCUAUCCUGCAUGACAAACUGCCGCUAAACUUGUUCAAACGUGGACGCCUUUUGGUAAUCAUGCAACGCAAAUUUCUGUACUAUCCAGACUUAGCAUGACAAGUUGCAACCUUCCAGACCCAGACACUUUUGCAAUCCAUACCGUUCUCUGCAGCAGGGCAACUGGAAGAAGGCGUUUGAAAUCUUGGACAACGAUAUCCAGGUGUGCAAAACGCACUCGGAACUGAUGGCGAAGGAGAAGAUUUUCGAGGAAAAACUCCUGCCCGAGGUCAAGCAGCAGGCGGUGCGGAUCUACCUGUGGAACUUCGUGAACAGCUACCAGACCAUUUCGCUGCAGGCGCUCGCGGACAUGUUCGAACUGCCAGUAAUUUCCGUGCGGCAACUGCUGCAUCGCAUGAUCAUCGACCGCAAGCUGGCCCCGCAGAUCGCGCUGGACAGCACAAGCACCUAUUUGGUAAUUAUAGUUUUAUUUCACAUAAUGUCUUAGUAGUACUAGUACAACGACGCAGCUGUCGUCCUCCUGCUUGCUUUUUUUCGAAGCUCGUGGUGUUUUUUUGGCUAUUCCUGCUAGUUUUCUGCAGCGAAAAACAUUGCAGCAUAGAAUUGUUGUCGUAACAAGCAUAGAAGAACUUCCUCUAUGAAACAAAACACGACCUCCACAGGUGAACGAAUCGGGUUCCACCGCAACGUCCCUCCACCAGAAGAUCACCGGCCUGACCUCCGCCAUUGACUUCUCGGUUACGGGCACGGAGAUGCGUCUCGCCCGGGGCAACCCGAAAUUGAUGACGUUGGAAGACCGUCACCAGAACAAGCAGAACAAGAUCGGCCUGCAGUUCUCCAAGCAGAACGACGGGUUGCAGAAGGAAGAGCGGCAGUUUGGCAGCAACCGGGGCGACAUGACCGGGGAAGUUGGGAACAAUUUUGGCCGAGCGAACAACAAGGGGAAGGGCAAGGGAAAAGGUAAGGGCAAGGGCAAGAACAGCGAGAGCCGGUUUUUAUCGAACACAUCACAAUUUAACAAGGGAAAAGGGAAGAAAGGGAUGAAUGGUGAGCGAGACAACAACCGGGCGGAGCAGAGGGGGUGGAAUCUGGGAGUCAGAGCAAAUGCGAUGUGAAGAUAAUUUUUAUCAAGACGAGAUGGAAAACUUUUAUUGCCGCGGGAUUGAUGUGGUCUGCAUGUAGUUCUUGUAGUUAGACUUAGUGCGGAAAAGUUCUAGCAAACGUCGCACCACAGCCAAGUUCUUGUCCACCUCCUGAGCCUGGUAAUUAUACGUACCUUUUGGAAACAAAGAUUUUCCUAUAACUGCAUAUACUGUUUUUUAACUUUGAAUCAUUGAAGACACUUACUCACUCUACUUACUUCACUAAGAACACUCACGAAGAGCCGUCGAUUUCUUCGCUUGGAAAGCUCCAGUACUUCUCAAAAAAGGAAAUAAGAAUCGCAGCAAAACAAUUCUAAUCUAUUACAGCUUGCAUGAACAGCAUCAACAUCUUGAUGUUGAAUAGAACACGCUCACAUUAGAGCGAACAAGAAUUCGCGCAUUCGCUACCUCGAUUUCCUUUCAGGAGGCGCAUGUAGAUUUCAGAUAUAUAAUUCUAACAACUGUCCCACACAGUAGAAGAAAAGAACGAUCAAAGCUAUCGUUGUAUCAUCUGAAGAUUCUUGACGCGAGAAGAGGACCACAGGAGAUGAAGUAAAUGCCAAGAAUAAGGAUAGAUGAGUUUUGGACAACUCCAGAGGAUUGGCAUCAACAUGGAAUUCAAAAUGAGUUCCAGAGGACAGCAGGCUCGGAAUCCGAAUCAAGACGCGCAAACUUGAGGAAGGACGCCGUCCGUCGUGCCGUUUCCUCGUUCUUCGUCAAAUGUGUGACUCGUCCUGGGACAUCGUCAACUCCAAAUUUGCUCAACCUCUCACGAAGUUUCGACGAAAGUUGCUCGUGGAAAUGCAAAACUAAAAA